GGGGGCGGACACAUCAAUACCCUUUGUGCUGUGGGUAACGUUAAGCUAGCUACUUGGCUAAUGGCGUUCAAACGGGCCCAGUAACCAUUAGCUAGCUAACUGAGUAGCUAUCUGGCGCGCUAACGCUAGCUCUUCGUGCUAACCAUAGCCAACUUACCCAGCCACCUUUGUUGGAAGAACAGUGGAACAGGUUGAUACAUUCACAUAACUGGAGGGCAUAUUGAUUAAUGUUCAUCCGGACUGUUAGUGAUCAUCUUCAUUGAUUUUGAGUUACGUUGGCGUUACUGUUUUGACUUCGCUUUGCGCCAUAGUCUUUGAACGGUAAGAUGCGCUAGCAUGCUCUUCAUAGAAAGAGUCGUCUUAGUUGUUUCAGAUGUGCCUAUUUGCAGUAACAUUGGCACACUGAAGAAAAUAUUAUUCCGUUUUGUUUCCUGUACAGACGUUCCGUGGUGUACAGCUUCUGAAUGUCAAGCUUGUUUCAUGUAGUGGUGAUUAGUUAAUGUUAUUUUUAGAUACAUAGCUCUAACGUUAACUUGCCAUUUACCAUCGCCUUUCUAGCUAACGUCAAGAGUUGCGAUAGCAAGCUAAACUUAAGUGAAAUGUCACAUUAACGUUAGAUGUGUGAAUUGAUGCGGUUUUUUCCAAGCUGUGGUAAAGAUAGAGGUGGAAUUGCUGUAAACAGUGUUCAGAAUUCUAUAUUCAUCCUUUCUGUAAAUCCUGUAUUAGGCAAGUCAACAGUUACGUUAAGCGGCAUGUUCUAUCACCCCGCCAGUUAGUUGAGCGGCAUUUUCAGAGGAGUUCGGGUGUAAUGACGUUUUACAUAGAUAGGCAGGGAAGCACUUCACAUGAAUACUUUUUUCAGUGCAUGGCACACCACAGCUUUUAAAUCACUUAACAUAGCGCAGCUGCAAAAACUUUCAUUGUUAAUUUCGUGUGGUCUUUGCAAAUUGGGGUAAGGCUAACAAUAAUCAUCGUGAAGGGGAACCUUAGAUAUUUGCUGUAAGGAGGAAGCAGAGAUCCUGUGGUCAACUGAACAGAAAUUGGAGCGACUGUUUAGAGAGAUGUAAUGUGACUCACAAAUGGUUUUGGGCAAUUCCAGAUCGAUCUAGACACCAUCGAUGUGAGCAACUUGAACAGACAGUUCCUAUUUCAGAAGAAACAUGUGGGGAAGUCCAAAGCACAGGUGGCUAAGGAAAGUGUGCUGCGGUUCUGCCCAUCCGCCAACAUUACAGCAUACCAUGAUAGUAUCAUGAACCCGGACUACAAUGUGGAGUUCUUCAGGAAGUUUGUGCUGGUCAUGAAUGCGCUGGACAACAGAGCGGCUCGUAACCACGUGAACAGGAUGUGUCUGGCGGCAGACAUCCCUCUGAUUGAGAGCGGCACAGCCGGAUACCUUGGCCAGGUUACAGUCAUCAAGAAGGGUCAGACAGAGUGUUACGAGUGCCAGCCCAAACCCACCCAGAAGACCUUCCCUGGAUGCACCAUCCGCAACACUCCCUCCGAGCCCAUUCACUGCAUCGUGUGGGCCAAGUACCUGUUCAACCAGUUGUUUGGAGAGGAGGACGCGGAUCAGGAGGUCUCUCCGGACACUGCGGACCCAGAGGCCAGAUGGGACUCAGCGGAGGCAGCAGCUAAAGCCAGCGCCUCCGAGAAGGAUGGAGAUGUCAAGCGUGUCAGCACCAGGGAAUGGGCUCGCUCCACCGGAUAUGACUCCGUCAAAAUCUUCAACAAGUUGUUUAAAGAUGACAUCAGGUACCUCCUAACGAUGGACAAGUUGUGGAAGAAGAGGAAAGCCCCAUUGCCUUUAGACUGGGAAGAGCUCCUGCAGCAAGCAGGCCAAUCGGAGGCAGUGAGCGUAAGCGGACUGAAGGACCAGCAGGUGUUGGGGGUCCAGGGAUACGCCCAGAUGUUCAGCAACAGCGUGGAGACACUGCGAGGAGACCUCCAGCAGAAAGGAGAUGGAGCCGAACUUGUGUGGGACAAGGAUGAUCCUCCAGCAAUGGACUUUGUGACCGCAGCUGCCAACCUGCGCAUGCAUGUCUUCAGCAUGAACAUGAAGAGCCGCUUCGACGUCAAAUCCAUGGCAGGGAACAUCAUUCCAGCCAUUGCCACCACCAAUGCCAUCAUUGCGGGACUUCUAGUGCUUGAGGGCCUGAAGAUCCUCUCAGGAGAUAUGGACAAGUGCCGCACGAUCUUCCUGAACAAGCAGCCCAACCCACGUAAGAAGCUGCUGGUGCCCUGUGCCCUUGACCCACCCAACUCCAACUGCUACGUGUGUGCUAGCCGACCUGAGGUGACCGUCAGGCUCAACGUCCACAAAACACUCGUCCUAACCCUGCAAGACAAGAUCUUGAAAGAGAGGUUUGGGAUGGUAGCUCCAGACGUCCAGAUCGAGGAUGGCAAAGGCACCAUCCUCAUCUCCUCCGAGGAGGGAGAGACUGAGGCCAAUAAUAACAAGGUUUUGUCUGACUUUGGGAUCCGGAACGGCAGCCGCCUCCAAUCAGAUGACUUCCUUCAGGACUACACACUCCAGGUGAACAUCCUACACAGUGAGGAAUUGGAAAAGGAUGUGGAGUUUGAGGUGGUGGGUGAGGUCCCUGAGAAAGGACCUGGACCAGCAGCAGCGGCUGAGGAUGGGAAGAGCAUCGCUAAUGGAAACAAAGACUCCGCUCAGCCCUCCACCUCGUCUAAAGCCCCUGUAGAGGAGGAUGAUGACGUUCUCAUUCUCGACUCCGAUGAAGAGCCAUCGUCCAGCUCUGCCAUGGACAUUUCUGCUGGGGGCGCAGCAUCAGCACAAAAGAGGAAGCUCGCCGACGCAGAGACUGGUGAAUCAGUCGAAUCCUCGACCAAACGCAAACGUCUGGACCAACCAACCGCCAGCGGGCAAGAUGAUGAUGACGACGACAUCAUCGCCCUAGAUUAAGCCACACCUUGCGUCUGAAAAGGUGCGCUCUCUGGUGUCGAGUUACAUCCUGCCUCUCUGCCUGAACUGUAAAUAGAUCUGUACAAAACAGCGCCCCCUGUCUCUCGUUUCUGUUCUACCAUGGACUGAAUCUGUUUCUCGGUUAAGCUUUUCUCCCUAAUUGCCACUGUUUCUGGUAUGGGUCUGGCACCGAUCCACUCCAGACAAAGCAGCUAUAUGGGAUUAAUUAUGAGGAUUGAUACAAAAGUGAUUUUUCUCUUGUGAAACCAAUGUGGUUUUUUGUAGUUUUGCUUACCGUCUGGUCUCUUACGAGGGGGCCUGGGG